AUGAAACGACACCGACAGACACACAAGCACCUCAGUAUCGGAAGCCAAUCGAAAGCUUGUCCCCGUUGUGAUAAGGUGUUUUCCACUUCAAACAAUUUGAAGAAAUACCUUCAAAAUCAUAAGGAGGAGGAGGAGGAGGAGGAGGGGGACCUUCACGAAGAUGCUAGUGGUGAAUCCACAGAAGAGGAGGAUUCUGAAGACGAGGACGUGGAGUGGGAGGAGCUUCAUGAAGACGAUGGUGAUGAAUCAACAGAUGAUGAUGAUGAUGAUUUUGAAAAUGAAGACGUGAUAGAGGAGGGGGACGACCGUGAAGACGAUGAUAGUGAUGGACUAACAGAUGAUGAUGGCCUUGAAAAUGAAGGAUAUGAGGAGGAGGAGGAGGAGUUUCUUGAAGACGAUAGUGAUGAAUCAACAGAUGAUAACAUUUAUGAAAGCGAAGAAAUUGAGGAGGAGGAGGAGGAGGAGGGAUUAUGUGAAGACGAUAGUGACGAAUCAACGGAAGAUGACGAUUUUGAAGAUGAAGAGGAGUCGGAGUAG